UUGCCUGUAUCUAAUCAUCGGACUUAACAUGCGAUUGUCGCAUAUUUAUGCCAAGUGGAAACUACGCACAUGCGUCAGUUAGAUUUUAACAACGUCGCGAACAAGAUGCAGUCUCAACAAGCUGUGCUUUUUUUAUUGCUGUCCGUUCAACUGCUGCAGUGCAAGGGAAUGCCGCUGCCCUGGAAGUCUCGAGGGGAUCCCGAGGAAUCGCCCGGUUUUGUGGAGGGUGAUAUGCAGUUGACAGCCAGACAACGCCAGAUCUUGGAGCAGGGACCCAUGGGUCGCAAUGGCCUAUUGAAUUCGAGUAAACGGUGGCCUGACAAUCAAGUCAUAUACAGCAUAUCCACAGACUUCGAUGCCGCUCAUCGGGAUGCCAUUCUAAAGGGCAUUCAGACGAUCGAGGAGGCGACCUGCCUACGUUUCCGCGAGGCUGACGAGCAGGAUAUAGAUUACGUGAGCAUUACGGCCGAGGGCGGUGGCUGCUACACAGCUGUUGGUUAUCUGGGCGGACGGCAGCAAAUGAAUCUGGAAAUAUAUCCCCUUGGUGAGGGCUGCUUUAGACCCGGCACCGUGUUGCACGAGCUCAUGCAUGCGUUGGGCUUCUACCAUGAGCAGAGCUCAGCGCUGCGCGAUGACUACAUCGAGGUAAUCCAUGAGAACAUUGUGCCCGGCAAGGAGUUCAAUUUCCAAAAGUACUCGGAUAAAGUAGUCACCGACUUCGACGUGGGCUACGACUACAAUAGCUGCUUGCACUAUCGCCCUGGUGCCUUCUCCGUCAAUGGCAAGGAUACGAUUGUGCCGCUCGACCCCACGGCUGUGAUCGGACAGCGCACGGGCCUGAGCGACAAGGAUAAGACCAAGAUUAACAUUAUGUACAAGUGUCCCAUUUUGAUUUGAGUCAUUCAAAGUUGGAGUCCAGCUCGUAUUAUUCUUAAAGUAUUAGACCAAUGUGAUAUUACUAAGCACCCACACCCCAUAACACCCCUGCCGUUAUACUCUUUACACAUUUCGCUAUUCUUGACUUUCGAUGUAUUUACAAUUCGCAUCUGACAUUGCGUAAAUUAAAGUUCAUAUAUUAACAAUGGUCGCCUUUAAGUAUUUUCUGUUGUUUUUUGCAAACGACCAGCACAGCGACUGCGAUAAGCAGUUGCUUUUUCUUAUCUCAAGUGGGGCCAGCCAAAUGAAGCUUGGACAACGCUUGUUUAGUGCUGUGCCAGGGCCGCAAAUCUGUGCCACUCACACACAACACCCACACCCCACACACAC